AUGGCCUCUACACCUCAAGUUGAAAAGGUUCAAAAUAAUUCUGCUCCAGCUUUACGAAUCACAACAAAGAAAGGUACUACUAAUACAGCAUUAGAAGAAUCUUUGAAAACUUAUAAAUUACUAGAAGCGCUUCGUGCAGACGAUUUAUCAAAUUUACAAAUAAUUCUAUCAACAUAUCAAUCACAUGAAGUGUCAACUCCAAAUUCUGUUACUGGCAAUUCAUCUAAUAAUGGUACAACAUCACCAUUAAUACUAGCAGUGCAAUGUUCUAAAAUUUCUACUAUAGAAUAUAUUUUAUCUAAUUUUCCAAAUAUUAAUAUUAAUCAAUCCGAUCAAUUUGGAAAUACCGCAUUGCACUAUGCUUCUAAAAAUGGCAGAAUUGAUGUAGUAGGACUUUUGUUGAAACAGUUAAAGAUCAAUGAUACGAUACCUAAUAAUUACGGCAAAACACCUGUCGAAUUAGCAAAGAAUCAAGAAAUUAUAGAUUUAUUUAAUGUAAACAAGCAAGAGUUUAUUGAGCAAACAACAACAUUAUUUCAUCAAUAUGUAACAGAUUUUAAUUAUAUAGCACUUCAAUAUUUAUUUCAAACCCCAAGAGUCAUUGCUUUAAUUGAUAUAAAUCUUCAAGAUCCAUCAACUGGCACAACAUUGUUACAUGAAGUGACCAAGAAAAAAAAUUUAGAAAUGGUGGAAUUUUGUUUAGAUCACGGUGCAGAUGUAACUAUUAGAGAUCACAAGGGUAAAAUGGCUGUUGACUUGGCCAAAGAUGAUAAAAUUAAAAAUUUACUUAAACAAGUAAAACCAACACCUACUACGUUGAAUAUUUCUACCUCAUCGAAUUACCCACCAAUAUUAAGGGGAUAUCUAAACAAAUGGACAAAUUAUGCUGGCGGAUAUAAGAUCAGAUGGUUUGUACUUGAAAAUGGAAUACUAUCAUAUUUUCAAAACAAAGAUGAUGCGGGGAAUUCAUGUCGCGGUUCAAUUAAUAUGAAAAUAGCAAAAGUUUCCAUUGAUUCAACAGAUAGACAAAGAUUUGAUAUUAUAGGUAAAGGUUCAAUAAGAUAUCAUCUAAGAGCAAACAGCCCUAAAGAAGCAAUGAAAUGGAUAACAGAAUUACAACAAUCGAUCGAAUGGGGCAAAAAUCAUUAUAAACAUGGCAAUACUGACGAAUCAACAGCAACUUCUCCGACAUCACGUGAUUCGAUUGAAACUGAUAGUGUACCACAUGAGGACACAUAUCAUAUGGCCAUAAGUUCGAUUAGAGCGCAGCUUAACUUACAAAACCAAUUAUUAGAGACAUUGAUAGCCAUGUUGCCCAAAGAAUCAGAUGUCAUAGAAGUUUUUGAAAAAUCUUUACAAACAUUACAAAAUUUAUUAGAUGAUGUGUUAAGGAUGUCAGAAGAGAGGGACAAUUAUUGGCAAAGAAAACUAAAAAAAGAAUUAGAAACCAAAAGAUUAUGGGAAGAAAGUAUGAAAGCUUUAGCGAUUGAAAAAACUGAAAUGGAAGAAAUUAUACAAAAUAGUUUGAAGGAACAAAAAUUAAGAAAACGCCAAUUAAAAGCUGCAAUGGCUUCUGAAAGUUCCAUGAACUCUCCUGUUAGUCCUAUGAUGUCUAAAUUGUCAUUAAUUUCCAAAGAUGAAACUGAUCCAAAUCAUGACAAUAAUAACGAUAAAAAUGAAGAUCGAUUGAUAGAUAAUAAUGUUAACAUUAGUUCACGUACUAUUAAUCAAACAAACAAUUUAAUAGAACAAAAAAUUUCGCACGAGCAACGGUCAUCAUUAGCAGAUGAAUAUGAUUCAGAUGAAGAAUUCUAUGAUGCAAUUGAUGGUGGUUCGAUUAUAGAAGGCCUUGAGCCAAAAUUUCAAAAGCCCUAUAUAUUUGAAUCAUAUAAUGGUUACCCUAAACAAAAUAGAACCAAAUUUUUAAUGGACAAAGACAAUACAAAACCUACAGUAUCAUUAUGGACUAUAUUAAAAAAUUCUAUUGGUAAGGAUUUAAGUAAAAUUACUUUACCUGUCUACUUCAAUGAACCCACCUCUAUGUUACAACGCAUGGCUGAAGAUAUGGAGUAUAGUGAAUUAUUAGAUCUUGCUGCCAAACAAAAAGGCAGCACAGAACGAAUAUUAUUCGUUGCAGCUUUUGCUAUGAGUAAUUAUUCUAGUUCUAUUGGUAGAAUUGCAAAGCCAUUCAAUCCCUUGUUGGGUGAAACAUACGAAUAUGUUCGUCAUGAUAAAGCAUUUCGAUAUGUAUCUGAACAAGUCAGUCAUCACCCACCAAUUAGUGCAUGUUAUUGUGAAUCGCCUAAUUACGAUUUUUAUGCCGAAGUGGAUGUAAAAUCCAAAUUUUGGGGAAAAUCAUUUGAAAUUUUACCACAAGGUGUUUCUCAUGUAAAGCUUAAAGUUUUAAAAGAACACUUCCCCGCACAUGUUAAUAAGUCACCUGAAGAUUUUCAAGCUAUCGGUAACCCAAAAGCAUUUUCAGAACAUUAUUCAUGGAAAAAAGUUACUACAUGCGUGAACAACUUAAUAGUAGGCAAGCCAUGGAUUGACCAUUAUGGUGAUAUGGUUAUAACAAAUCAUUUAACAAAAGAUCAAUGUAUUUUGACUUUUAAAGCAAGAGGUUGGAGAGGUAGAGACGCAUUUGAAAUUAGAGGAAUUGUUAAAGAUAAAGAUAAUAAAGAAAUUUGGGAGAUAGCUGGCAGAUGGAAUGAAAGAUUGGUUGCUAGAAGAAUUGGUAAUAAUUUAAAUUUUUCGACAAGUGAAGAAGAUCUGAGUAGUGAUACGGCAGCAUCAAAUGCUAAAUUAAUAGAAGAAUUGUUGGGGAAUUCGACAUUAUUACCGACAACUCAAUCUUUUGCUCACUCAUCAUCAUCAAAUCUAACUACAUCAUUACCAACAUCUCCAAUUCUACCACAACGUAGACCAAUUGUAUUAUUAUGGAAAAAAACUUCAGAACCUGAAGAGCCUUUACCAUUUAAUUUGACACAAUUUGCUAUGACAUUAAACGAUUUACCUGAAUCAUUAAAAGUAUGGUUGGCACCAACAGAUUCAAGAUUAAGGCCCGAUCAAAGAGCAAUGGAAACGGGUGAUUACGAAAUGGCAAGUUCUGAGAAGCAUAGAUUAGAGGAAAAACAAAGAGAAAAAAGGAAAUUAAGAGAAAUUAAUUCAAUGCCAGAAUUUAAAUCUAGAUGGUUUGCAAAAGAACUUGACGAUGAUACAGGGGAGGAAUAUUGGAAAUUUAAUCAUGAAUAUUGGAAAGAAAGAGAAAGAUUGUAA